AUGGCGAUGGUAGUAUUCCUCCUCCUGUACUUGUGCGGGCACCCUCAGGCUGCUGCAGACAACAUCCAGACCCUCUAUGUACCCUCAGGGGAGUCCAUGGAGAUGCCGUGCCCUUCACCCCCCUCCCUACUUGGGGGCCAACUUCUAACUUGGUUCCGCAGCCCCGUAUCAGGCUCCUCCACCAUCUUGGUGGCCCAGGUCCAAGUAGACAGGCCAAUCUCAGACCUUGGGAAAGCUGAACCUGACUCCAGGUUCAAAGUCCUUGGAAAUUAUUCCCUGUGGCUGGAGGGGUCCAGAGAUGAAGACGCAGGACGGUACUGGUGUACUGUGAUGGACCAGAACCAUAAGUACCAGAACUGGAGGGUGUAUGAUGUCUCUGUGCUCAAAGGAUCCCAGUUCUCAGUGAAGUCUCCAGACGGUCUCUCUUGCUCUGCCCUCCUGUGCUCUGUGGUCCCCGCCAGGCGUCUGGACUCCGUGACCUGGCUAGAGGGAAGGAAUCCUGUGAGAGGACAUGCCCAGUACUUCUGGGGAGAAGGGGCCGCCCUGCUCUUGGUGUGCCCUACAGAGGGGGUUCCUGAGACCAGGAGCCGUAGGCCGAGGAACAUUCGCUGCCUUAUGCCACAGAACAAAAGAUUCAGCUUUAGCGUGGCAGCUCCUGCAGAAUCCCCUCCCACUGUUUGUGCCCCUCUCCCGAGCUGGGAUGUGUCCUGGAUACUGAUGCUGUUGUUCGCAGCAGGCCAAGGGGUCACCAUCAUAGCCCUCAGCAUAGUGACCUGGAGGCGUCGGAGGGCCCAGGGGACUCAGGACAGAGAACCCUCGAUUCCCCAUUUCAAGCCUGAAGUUCAGGUCUAUGAGAACAUCCACUUGGCCCGCCUUAGCCCACCCACCCACAAGACCAGGUGA